UGUAAGUCUGCUGCUGCUGUUCGGGAUACGCCUGUGGCUGGUACUGUGGUGUCUGGCCAGCCAUGGAGCAUUCCGGGCCCAGUGAAGUGACAGGCUCAGACGCCUCGGGAUCGGACCCGCAGCUGGCAGUCACCAUGGGCUUCACAGGGUUCGGAAAAAAAGCUCGAACUUUUGACUUGGAAGCGAUGUUUGAACAAACUCGAAGAACAGCUGUGGAAAGAAGCCGUAAAACAUUGGCGGAACCAGUAUUUGGAAGGGCAAAGAGUAUUUGUUUCUAUAUUUUCAGGGACACAAGUACCAGUGAAAGUGAAGAGAGUUCUGAUUCUUCUGAUGAUGAGUUAAUUGGCCCUCCUUUACCCCCUAAAAUGGUAGAAGAACCAGUUAAUCUUAUGGAGGAAGAUAUCAUUGGUCCUUUACCUCCACCUCUUAAUGAAGAUGAAGAAGCUGAGGAAGAGGAGGAGGAAGAGGAAGAGGAGGAAAAUCCUGUCCAAAAGAUUCCUGAUUCACAUGAAAUAACACUGAAGCAUGGCACUAAAACAGUAUCUGCUUUGGGUCUGGAUCCCUCAGGUGCCCGUUUGGUGACUGGAGGAUAUGACUAUGAUGUUAAAUUUUGGGAUUUUGCUGGAAUGGAUGCUUCUUUUAAGGCAUUUCGUUCUCUUCAGCCCUGUGAAUGCCAUCAGAUCAAGUCAUUACAGUAUAGUAACACAGGAGACAUGAUUCUUGUUGUAUCUGGAAGCUCUCAGGCCAAGGUGAUUGACAGAGAUGGUUUUGAAGUAAUGGAAUGUAUAAAAGGAGAUCAGUAUAUUGUGGACAUGGCCAACACCAAGGGUCACACAGCAAUGCUUCAUACUGGCUCAUGGCAUCCCAAAAUAAAGGGAGAAUUUAUGACUUGCUCAAAUGAUGCGACUGUGAGGAUAUGGGAAGUUGAAAAUCCAAAGAAGCAAAAAAGUGUCUUUAAGCCACGGACAAUGCAGGGUAAAAAAGUUAUUCCCACUACGUGCACAUAUAGUAGAGAUGGAAAUCUCAUAGCAGCUGCCUGCCAGAAUGGAAGCAUACAGAUCUGGGACCGAAAUUUAACUGUUCAUCCUAAAUUCCACUAUAAACAGGCUCAUGACCCAGGCACUGACACUUCUUGUGUGACUUUUUCCUAUGAUGGUAAUGUCCUUGCUUCUCGUGGAGGUGAUGAUACAUUAAAAUUAUGGGACAUCCGACAAUUUAAUAAGCCACUUUUUUCAGCCUCGGGUCUUCCUACCAUGUUCCCAAUGACUGACUGCUGUUUCAGUCCAGAUGAUAAACUCAUAGUCACUGGUACAUCUGUUCAAAGAGGAUGUGGUAGCGGCAAACUUGUUUUCUUUGAGCGUAGGACUUUCCAAAGGGUGUAUGAGAUAGACAUCACAGACGCGAGUGUUGUCCGCUGCCUAUGGCAUCCAAAGCUGAACCAGAUCAUGGUUGGAACUGGAAACGGUUUGGCUAAAGUCUAUUACGACCCCAACAAAAGUCAGAGGGGAGCAAAAUUAUGUGUGGUUAAAACCCAGCGGAAGGCGAAACAAGCUGAGACUCUAACCCAGGACUACAUCAUCACCCCUCAUGCCUUGCCUAUGUUCCGUGAGCCCCGCCAACGAAGUACAAGGAAACAGCUGGAGAAGGACAGGCUGGAUCCCCUGAAGUCGCACAAACCUGAACCUCCUGUAGCAGGCCCAGGUCGUGGUGGCCGAGUUGGAACCCAUGGGGGCACUUUGUCAUCCUACAUUGUAAAGAACAUUGCUUUAGACAAAACCGAUGACAGUAACCCCCGGGAAGCCAUUUUGCGUCAUGCCAAAGCAGCAGAAGACAAUCCAUAUUGGGUUUCUCCAGCAUAUUCCAAGACUCAGCCCAAAACCAUGUUUGCCCCAGUUGAAUCUGAUGAUGAAGAAACAAAGAAUGAGCCACAAUGGAAAAAACGUAAAAUUUGAAGAAUCUCAUUUGAGAGCUGUUCAUGUGAGGGGGAGUGAUACAGGAUAGGAUUUUUUUGUAAUGCUUAUUGAAUAAAUAAUACAUUUUUAUGAA